AGGAGCGCCUCAGAGAGAAGGAGGAUCUUUGUCUGGGAGGAGGGUGGCUUUGUCUGGAAACCUGCUGCCACAGUGAGUUUGUAGGACCGUUUUUUCAUUCUGCGUUUGAUUCAGUUUUCCCCCCAAACUGAGCGUGGAUGAUCCCCUCACAGCUUUAAAAAGAGAAAAGCAGAUGUUUCAGAAAAGAGGAGAUCGGAGCUUUUUGCGCGUUUCGUGAAAAUGUAGAGUAUUUAAUCCCAUUUUGUUUUGUUUUUGUUUUUUACCUGCUAUCAGUUAUAUGGAGGUGUUCCUGGGAGCUGAUUUAAAUCGGAUUAAGGAGGAAACUUUGCUGAAAAACUUUGAGAGACGGGGCGGUGACUUGUUGAGAGGCAGCUUUUCCUCCUGCGCACACUGAUUUGUGCGCCUCCCCAACAUGCGCCCGCGCCAGGAGCCGGGGAGACCUCACCGGUGCGUUAUGACGCGGCUGCUUCUCCUCCUCGCGCUCGCGCUGUCCUGCCGCUGCUGUCCGGACAAUUGCCUGUGCUCCCUAGAAACUGUGAAAUGCCAAAACCUGGACUUGAACGCCAUUCCUCAUUCCCUACCGGCCAAUAUUAAAUCCCUGUUCAUCACGGGAAACAGCAUCUCCCAAAUUAACCAGACGUCUUUCCCUACGCGUCUGGAAAACUUGACAGAUCUUUAUUUGAGUGACAAUGAGAUGGAGCUUGUGGAGGCAGGUGCGUUUCAGAACUUGCCAAACCUGGAGCGGCUUGAUCUGAGUAACAACCGAAUCCUGACCUUUGACGAACAUGCUUUACCUGAUGACAAUAAACUGAAGCUCCUAAACCUCAGCAGGUCUUUUCACAAUGGUUCCCUGCUCGACUUCUUCCCCCGGGCAAACCUUCUCCAGCUCGCCACCCUGGAUCUAUCCAACAACAACCUGGAACAUCACCGGCUGGACGGCACCUUCACAGCCAUGUCCAGCCUGGUCACCCUCAGCCUCCGUAACACCCUCCUCUACACCAUCGAGAACUGGAGCCUGCCUGCGCUGCGUGACCUCGACCUGAGGGACAACAACCUGAAGUUUCUGCCCUCCGCCACAUUAGCGGAGUUCAGCAUCAAUCGCAGCCUCCGUAUCCAGCUGCUUGGUAACCCCUGGAGAUGCAACUGCAUCAUUGACGACCUGGUGGCGUGGCUGAAGAACUCCACUCAGGUGGUGGACUCUGACAACCUGACAUGCUUCGACCCAGAGGCCAUGAGGCACACGCCUCUUCUACAGGUGCAGCAGUCUCAGCUGGAGUGCUCCAACAGGGACGGGGUCCUGGAGACGUCCUACGUGUUCCUGGGACUGGUGCUGGCCUUGAUCGGGGUCAUAUUCCUGCUGGUGCUCUACUUGAACAGAAAAGGCAUUAAGCGAUGGAUUUACAACAUCAGGGACGCCUGCAGGGACCACAUGGAGGGGUACCAUUAUCGGUAUGAGAUCAACUCUGACCCGCGUUUGGCCAACCUAAGCAUCAACUCAGACGUUUGAGGGCGGUACAAUUUAGGGACUUGGAAAAGAUGCAUUGAAUGACUUUAUGCAUGAUAAGUCUUCCUUCUUUUACCUUCAACGAUGCCGUUCAGACGGUGCAUCUGUUUAACUCUGCUGCAUGUCCAGCACAACCGUUUGGCAGCUGUCAGGCCAACUGCGUUUUGCUCUCUGUUACAUUGCAUGGACGAUGAAUCAAAGCAGUUUUUUUUUAAGAAAUAUCUGCAAAUUGUAUUUUCACUUACCUCUAAACAGAACUGAAUGGAGUGCUUCAACUUUUAAAAAAUGAACAAUUAUACCAGCUGUUAAUUGCAUCCUUUACAAUAUGGCUCUGUAGAGGAGAAAUGUCAUACUGCUUGACUUAUUUCUUUUUUUUUUUUUAAGUAUGUUAACAUGUGACAUGCAGUACAACCUAUGCCUUUUUUGACUGGUUAUAAUGCACAUAGCAUAUAGGUACUGUUUGGAUAUAGUAGACGUAUGUGAUUGCUCUUUUUCUGUAAGGAUAUUUAGCUAAAUAAAAAAGCUGGAUUGUU